UGUGCCAAAUACAGAUAAUUAAUGAGUAAACAUGUAUUGAUAUAAUUAGCUUUCCGCCCACUUAGUCUUGAUGCUUCGUUGGUGAAACCGGCUACAGCCAUCAUGAUAUCGAAGACAUUUAUAUUGUUUGCUGUUCUGGCUGCAGCUCCAGUUUUUGGCGACUGGGUGGGCGGCCUACGAGUGAGGUUCGGCGUCGGUUUCUCCGGCUACUUCAUGUCGAAGCCGCGUAGCAUCGCUGAGGCCAAGACCAGCAGAUGGCAGCAGGUCGCCCGACCUGAGGGUCCACUGGCCUCCCUCAUCAUGUACUGCCCCGCCGACUACAUCUUCUGCGUACUGUUUGAUGAUACUGAGUAUAUCGCUGGACUGCAGAUUGCUAUACCUAAAGACAAAUUCACAGACAACGCACUCGACUGGGAAGUCCAGGGCUUCACCAGCUGGACUCCAGCCAACACCAACUCCUCCUUCUGGACUAUCCAGCAGUACUUCGUUGACGAAGAGAUCCUCGGUAAAAGUGUGUCGGAGCGUCUGGCAGCUCGUGACAGGUCCAAGACCAUCCCGCACGGCAAGGUCUGGGUCACUGGGGUCAACAAAGAGCUCCUGGAAAUCUCCACCAAGAAGACCGAUAUCGAGAACAGUAUCUUCACUGAACAAGCAUGCAUUCCUCUCAUGGGUCGUCACUACUACUACAACAUGACGACAGAGACGCAGUGCACCUCCGCUGGCAUGUACCCCUGGUUCCCGCUGGUCGCCUCGGGAGAGCUCAUCGGAAUGGGCUUCGUGUCCGUCGGAAAACUUCCCGAAAGCUCGCUGGAGACAGACUACUUCGAGAGGCCUGAAAGGGCAGCUAUAGAGAUGAUCGUGCCGCGCGGCCCCUCGUGCCUGUACCAGUUGGGUGAUUCCCCGGGCCUCCUCACUAUGCACAUCUACUAUAUCCACAACCCGUUGCUCCUCACUUGUAUCUUCCAAUAACUCGAUUAUUAAAUACUCUGAUAAAACUCUUAUUAACGACAAGAGGAAACAAUGCAGAAUAUACCAACAGAAUUAAAGUAACCUUGACAUUGGUUAUUUUAAUGAAGUUAUAAUUGUAAUAUAUUUUUCUUUGUCUAUGACUGUAAUGUUCUUGAAUGGAACAUAAUAUUUAUACAGGAGCUAAAGUCAUUCAUUAAAAUAGAUUUUGCCAUAAAUAUUCAUCCGGUCCGCGUCUUUGUUUUAAACCUUUCAUCAGUGAAGUAGUAUUAUGUAUUAGGGUGAGUUGCACCGUCAACUUCGACGUUGACUUUAACGUGGGCGCCGCUGUCGUUUAGACAAAAACUGUUCCUUUGGGUUUUUUUGCGUGUUAAAGUUAACGUCAAAGUUGACGGUGCAACCCACCCACAUUAGUAAUAAAAUUUAUUAACUACA